AUGUUCCGUCAAUUAUUCAAACCAUCAUCUGAAGCAGAAAACACUGGAAAGACAUUACUCACAAUAGAAGCAUUAGAUCCACAACAACAAUAUUCAACGUCAGAAUAUCUACCAUCAGUUCAUGGUCAGGGCCAGAUUUCGCUGAUUAUCCUUACACCAAAUCAAGUAACCGGAUUGGUUAUUAGUAAAAGCUUAGGAAAAGAAAAAAUUGUAACAAAUCAACUUAAACCUAUGAUAGCAGAUGGAUAUGCAGAUCACGGAGGAUUAUCUUCUGUGAUAAAAUUAGUUAGAUGA